CUGCUUCACAGAAAUCUGCAUUUCAACAAUAAUGAUGUCAGAAAUGAAAGAGGACAGCCUGGGUAUGAUCCCUUGUUCAAACUGAGGCCCCUACUUGACAUCAUAUUGCCUACAUACAGGGAAAACUACACACCUGGAUGCAGAAUAUAUUUCAAGCAGUACCUGCCAGCAAAGCCUACCAAGUGGGGAUUUAAGUUAUUU